AUGUUAGAUAUAAAUGAUCAGGCUGGCAUUCGAAUGAAUAAGAGUUUCGCCGCUCUUGUGCAAGAAGUGGGUGGAUUUGAGAACUUGUCAUUCUUAAAAAAAGAUUGUCGUAAUUACAUCGACAAGGCUGAUGCACGAAGUAGGGUGGCCUACAAAUACUUUGGUGAUGUAGUCACAUUCGAUACCAUGUAUUUGAUAAACAGGUAUGUUCAUGCACGGACAAACUCAAAAGAGUUUGUGAAUCAGUUCGACAAUGCAUUGAGGAAGAAGAUUGAGAAUGAAAAUGAGGUAGACUUCCACUCAUUCAAUGCAACAAUUCCCGUCGUCUCUACCAAUUAUCAUGAGAAAGUAUUUCAAGAGUUAUACAUGAACUCGAAAUUUAGAGAGGUUCAACAAGAAGUAAUGGGAAUGGUCAGUUGUCUUCUAGUUCUAUACAAAAAUGAGGGUGUAAUUUCAACGUAUCAUGUAGAAGACGAAGUUCAUGUUGAGACAUUCAUAAAUGAUGUUACCCAUUCUGUCUACUUCAAUGAGGCUGAGUGCGAGAUGAAGUGUACAUGUGGAUUGUUUGAGAUGAGAGGGAUAUUGUAUAGACAUGUGUUUGUUGUUUUCAGGUUUAAUCGUAUCUGUUCGUUGCCAGAAAAAUACAUAUUGGACCGAUGGAGAAAAGAUAUUAAAAGGAGAUAUGUUGUUAUCCAAAGUAGUUAUGAUGGAGUUGUGGCGAGGCAGGAAGUGCGCAUUCACGAAUAA